AUGACGGCGACAACUGCGACAGCGAAGAGAGGACUUUCAGGCGAGGUUCCUGCUUCUGUCAAGAGACAACAAACUAUUGUGGGGGAAAUGCCAACAAAUACUAUUGCUACUCUAGUAAGUUUGAUUCCUGGUAAGGAACAAAUAAUAAACAUCGAUGCUAAAUCAGUGACCACCAUUGGGAGAAGCAGAUCAUGUGAUAUAGUGCUCACUGAAACUGAUAUUUCUACCGUUCAUUGUGAAUUAUAUUUAAUCGAAAUGAAUAUGGGUAAUAAUAGCAGAUCUUUGAUAAAUAUUGUCGAUAAGAGUAGGAAUGGUACCUUUAUAAAUGGAAAUAGAUUAGUGAAAAAAGAUUGUAUAUUGAAGAACGGCGAUAGGGUUGUCCUCGGUAAAGCUUGUUCAUUUUUAUUUAAAUAUACAAUUACUGAUGCCAAUACCGAUUUUCCAGAGGAUAAUUCUGUUGAAGCAUCUUCAGAGACUUCGCCACAAAUGAAGGAUCCUGAAAAAUAUGAUGGAGUCUUCAAGAAAGUUCCAGCUAAUGCGUCAAGGUUAAAUGAAGGAGGAGUAAGAAAAAUUGCCAAACCCAAGACAAUUUCCUUCUUUGAUAAAUAUUUGUUAGGAAAGGAUUUAGGAUCCGGUCAUUAUGCCACAGUGAAACAAGGUAUAAACAAGAUUAAUGGUCAAACAGUUGCUGUCAAAAUCUUCCACCCUCAACAAAAUGAUGAUCAAAAAAAGAACAAACAAUUUAAAGAGGAAACUAGCAUUUUGAUGAGAAUACAUCAUAAAAAUAUCGUCAACCUUCUAGAUAGUUUUAUUGAACCAAUAAGUAAGUCUCAAAUUCAAAAAUAUCUAGUCCUAGAAAUGAUAUAUGACGGGGAAUUGUUUGAAAGAGUUGUUAAGAAAACCACUUUGAGACAAGAUGAAACUAAAGCCAUUUUUAGUCAAAUAUUAACAGGAUUAAAGUAUCUUCAUCAACAAAACAUUAUCCAUAGAGAUAUUAAACCAGAAAAUAUUCUUUUAAAUAUAACCAAAAGAACAAAUCCUGAACAGAAACAAUUGGGACCAUGGGAUGAGAAUGAAAUAGAUAUUCAAGUAAAGAUAGCUGACUUUGGUCUUGCAAAAUUCACAGGUGAAAUGCAAUUCACAAACACCCUUUGUGGAACACCAUCUUAUGUGGCACCAGAAGUCUUAACUAAAAAGGGUUAUACAUCAAAAGUAGAUAUGUGGAGUGCAGGUGUCAUCUUAUAUGUUUGUCUUUGUGGUUUCCCGCCAUUUAGUGACCAAUUAGGCCCACCAUCAUUAAAGGAACAAAUUCUCCAAGCAAAAUAUGCCUUUUAUACUCCAUAUUGGGAUAAUAUUGAUGAUUCCAUCUUACAUCUGAUAUCAAAUUUAUUAGUCCUUGACGCUAACAAGAGAUACAGCGUCGAUGAUGCAAUCAACCAUCCAUGGUUUAAUGAUACCCGUCAAGAGAAUACAGUAUCUUUAGAGAUGAAACGAUUACAGAUCACGGAUAAUAAAGUUCCGAAGACAUACUCAGAAUUAUCAUGCUUAUAG